AUGAACGACGGUUAUUUGCCUUACCACUUGAGAAUUAUCUUCAUUCUGUAUUCGUCCCUGGCGGAGUUCAUCUAUGGCGUGGUGUGGAUGAGGCAGACAUUGUACGACGUCUGGUCGAAUGACGCACUCGAUCUGGACGUAUCGCCUCACCCAGUGGUUCGAGAUGAGCUAUCGCCGCUGCAUGGCUCCGACGUUAACCGAUUGAUGGAGGAAACGUCUUCGGCGGACGUUCACGAACCAUACGAUCCCCUGGUAGGAAACCCGUGGUUCUUGGAGUGGCGGAGCCGACGCGAAGAGGCCCAGCAGUUAGCGGUCGCCGUACGGAGCCUAACUCCGUUAACCGUCUUCGAAUGUGAACCUAUCGUGGACUACCACAUGGGGAAUUUCCAUCGUCUGCAUUUCGCGUGCGGAGUUACCGCUUACAUGUACGUUCAACGUGUACUCUGGCUUGGAGAGGUGCCCAUGCCUAGCCAUGGACCAAUGAGCAACAAGCGUUUCCUGCGGAGCUUCAUCAAGCUUUAUGAACGAUGGUCGGGAAUCGUAGUGAGCGCCACUGAGGCACCGCCCUCGGUUACCGAUCGCAUAUCCCUGCCGUCGCAUGUCGAUCUCCACUCGCUGUGGGAUCGCCGAGACGUUGAUGACGCGUUGAAGACUGAGGCGCUUGUGGACAUCGGGGUCGCUUGA